UGGUGCCGCUUAUCCACGGGCUCCUAUUUUUUGAUGAAGCUCGAAGGUCGUCUUUUCAGUUUGUUCCUUGUACUUCUACCAGUAAUUGCAUCCCUUUAUCCUUGCUCAACUUCUGCCGAUAUAGAGGUUGUUCUGCAACCGCCAGGCGCUGUUGGAUGCGAGGAGAAGCUUUGGAGAACUUCCUUGGGCUCCUUUGAUUUCCCAAUUCUUUAAUGCCAGUGAUUUGGGAAUGGCUGACCGAGGAUCGACUCGUAGGACUUCUUCACAACCUAAAUAUUCGUCAUUGAACGCAAAUGCCAUUUACAAACCUGCCCAAGCACAACAACAGAAACCAUCUGGAAUCAACCGACAUGGACUUCAAAGUCUUGGAAAAGUACCCCUUAGACCUCCGAAGCCUGUUGCUAUUCCGAGUCUAAGAAAAGAGCACCAGGGACAUGAUCCUACUGUCAGUCUUGUCCCUAGUGGUGGUGGUGGAUGGGGUACGGCGAAUCAAACCAAAGAUAAAACUUCGUCGACUUCAAGCGCCGAACGAGUAAACCCUGAGCCGUCGCCAAGCUCAACGCCGUCCACCACACAGACUGUGAGCCAGGCUGGUGGAGAUCCACCUACGAAGAGAAAUUGGGCAUCGGUAUCGAGCCCUGAGCCGCCCGCUCCCUCCAGAGGUCCAGCAGCACUCGGUCAGCAAACCUUCCAGCGUGAAUUUCCAAGCCUUGGCAAUGACAAUAGACCAAGAACCCAAUCCGCGGACAGAAACGAUGCUUUUGUGGAGGGAUACCGGGCUUCCUUUCGCCCUGGAGAUCGCCCUAGUCCAGGUUCUGGGGCUGCUAGUCCACGCGGAGGAGGAGGCUCACGGCCUGCACCAGCUGGACGUGGGUACGGCCCUCCUGGGGCACUGGACGCUAGGAGACCGGUCUCUACCACGUCGAGUUCGCCAAGACCGCGACUCGCGGUUCCUGGCAAGGCACACUCCGCAUCCUCUGUCAGUGCCGACGACAUCAGGCACUUGCGCGAGGAUGACGAGGAGUCCGGAUGGGCCGGGCAGCAGGAAGAGGUUGACUUUGAUGCUAAGUUAAGCUGGGGUGACAGCGAUGACGAUGCAUCAAAGGGAGGCCGCUCUCCUCGUUCGCCUGGCGGCGCUGGAGCAGGUCCCAGGCAUACACAGCAUCAGCAGGACCAAGCUAGACCUCAACGUCUGGCUUUCAAGCGAGAUGGCAGUAGCUCAGCGCCACCAUCUGGCGGACACGAUCAGCGUGUCAACGGCUUGCCCGAUGCUUCCGCUGCCAACUUCUCCCAACAGCAACAGCAGCAAGCACAGCAGCAGCGCAACAAUGCGGGUCAGGACUACAACAGGCGACAAACGCCAGCGGCAGGACAUCAGGGCGCUGCGGCUGCCAACCAUACCCAGGCGCCGCCGCAACCCACUGCCCAGUCGCCGGCUGGCAGUAACGAGUCGCGUUUCCGCCUCAGCACUGAAGCCCGUCAGAACAUCCAGCGUCGCCGAGAGCAGGAGCUGGAGGAGGAGCAGGCCAGGCGCGAGCGCACACAAGCCAAGCUGCGAGAGCUGACCGAGCGCAAACGUGUCAGCAGUCCCACGCAGUCUCAUCCGCCGCCGCAACAGCAGCAGUCGUCUGCCAUGCCCAAUCGUGGACAAGGACAGUCGGCACAGUGGCGGUCUGCCAGCCAGGACGAAAUGGCCGGCGAAGAUCGCCGUGACCAGCAGCGCCCAUCGCGUCAGUUUGAUCACGACCAGCAGCAGCCAGCGCAGCCAUCUCAGCCCCAGCGUACGCGCAUGCGUCGUAGCGACGUCACGCUGCGGCCAAUGCACGACGAACGGCCGAAUGCUGCCGCCAACAGCACUGUGGCGACGACUACGGCCAACAAGCCGACGACAGCAACUGCUGCGGCAUCGUCCUCAGUAGAAACGUCGUCGGUUCAAGCCAUGGACGUUGUCAGCAGCGCUACUUCUGGUCCACCGCCGGCAGCUGGUGGUCAGCCUGCACUGACGAUAAUGCGCAGGCAGCAGCAGCAACAACAGCAUCAGCAACAGCCUGCUCCCGCGACUUCUGCCAGUACGACGUCCGCCUCAUCCGAGAGCACACAGAGCGAGCGGAGAUCUGCUCCGGCUGCCGUAGCCCCCGAGCAAGACCAUCAUGCAGCAGAGCGAGCAUCGGCGACAGGUGGCCCUGCAGCACAGGAUGCACCACCAUCUCCUCGCCGGCGUCCCGCUGCUCCCUUGCGAGCCGCUCCUCCGCCGGCUACAUCGGCGUGGGGCAAUGUGCGCAAGUCGCCGGAAGUCGCCGCCCCUACGCAGCCGCCUUCGUCGAGCCUGCCCGUUGAGGAGUGGCCCACGGCGGAGCAGUCCAAGGACAUUAAGGAGACGGUGCGGCCGGACGACGCCACCACACCUGGCGGCUACAUGGACGAUCGCGAUCGUCCUCGCUACCCGCACCACGGCCAUCAUGGCGACGAUGGGCACCACAUGGGCGGCAUGGACGACGAGGAGAUGUACAGUCGGUACGGUCGCGGUGGUGGCAGCGGUGAUGCCCGUGCUGCUGGUCCCGGCGGACCACACAACCAGCGUCAGCUGUACCGCGGUUAUGACGACGAGUAUGGUCACCGCCCGGACCGCCCCGAGGGCGGCGGCCGAAUGCGAGGCAGAGGCCGAGGCAGCGCGCGCUUUGGCGACGAGCACCGCGGUGGUCGCGGCGGGCCCCGCCGUGGUGGCGGGGGCGGCGGCCAGGAUUAUCGUGAUGACUACCGGUACGAGCCUCGCGUCCAGGGUCCACGUGAGGACUACGGUGGCUAUGAUGAAGAGCGAUCGGCGAGGCGGCGGCCACGCGAGGAUCGGCGUCGAGAAGAGCGCAUGGAGAGUAUUGAAAAGACGCGCGAGGCCACCGCAGCCAUUGCUGCUGCUGCUCAGGUCGCGGCUGAUGCGCAGGCCGACGCGGCUGACGCACAGAAAGAAGAGGGCGCCGUCGGCUUGAAGGACUCAGCUCCGUCGCCGGAUGUUCAGGCUGAGCACAGGCCACGUCGCGAGAGACCUUCCCGCUCGGACGGCCCGUGGAAGCGCGGUGGCGACAACCAGCAGCAGCAGCAGCAACAGUCCGAGGGAGCAGAUGGCCGCGCGGACCGUCGCAGGGAGCACCGUCGCAGAGACAACGACGAACAGCGCACUGGUGGCAGUCGCGAUGCGCCACGCCCCAGGAGAGAAGAGCGAGGAGGUGAACAACAGCGCACGGAGCGUGGCGGCGAGCAGGAUUCCCGUCCUGAGCGCGCCGACCGUGGCGAUCGUCACGAGCGCAGAGACCGUGCAGAGCGAGGUGCUCGCCAAGACCGAGGAGACCGUGUUGAACGUACUGGCGAAGACCGCGGCGAGCGAGCAGAGCGUCCGGAUCGGCGUGAGAGAGGUGGCCGCUCGGAGCGCGGCGGCGGUGCUGCACGUAACCAGCGUGAUGCCGCCGACGGUGGAAACCGCGAGCGUCCGGAACGUCGCGAACGUACAGACAGACCCGACCGAGAGAGGCCAGAGAGAGGCGAGCGUGCAGAUCAUCGCGGCGAGCGCACAGACAGGCCAGAGCGUGCGGACAGACCCGAGCGUCGAGAGCGCCACGAGCGUGCAGACGGAGACAAGCGCACCAGGAAGCCACGCACCAGCGGCACAGACCAUCCCCGGGCCGAAGCACGAGACAGCACUGAUGGCGGCUCCGUCAGCAAGCCCAGCGCCAAGUCGCAGGCGGAAACAUCGGACGCGCGUUCCAGACAGGACAAGCCAAGACAGCCUGCCUGGUCGACACCGUCAGCACGGCCCACGUUUACAGAGGCAUCCACAUCAGCCGCAUCAGCAGCACCGAGGGAUUCUGCGGAGUCCGUUCCUGCCGCUAAGCGAUCGUCGCUGGACGAGUCCAGCGGCAAGGAAGGUAAACCUCAGAAGGUGCAGGACGCCGACCAGAUCAGAGCAGCACGUGAGCGUGCCAUUACCCGCCGCCGCGAAGCCAGAGCACUGGAGGAGAGCGCCAGCAAGGAAGCAGAAAGCCGCGAGGGGCCGCCACCCGCGCCCAUCACAUCGCUAUCGUCCAACACAGGCAAGGAAGCAGCGGCAGCAGCAACGUCUACAGCCAGCACCAGACCGCCAAGGGCUGGCCGUGAUGCCGUCGCGGCACCAGCACGUGGUCGCGGAGGCCAUUCCGUCAACACUCGCCGCGGCAGCGGUGAGAGUGGAUCCAUGGCCACGUCCGGAUCAUCCACCAGUGUGGCGAACACCGGCACUGGCACGACGACGACAUCAGCACCGCCCGCUCGCGGCGGUAAGGUCAAGGGCUAUAGUACGCAACGGCCUGCAGCUCUUCUGCCCAAUCCGUCUGUCGCUCCCCGAUCGUCUGUCGCCAGUACUGGUAACCAAGCCGACGACAAGUCCGCCGAAGGGCGCUUGGGUGCUUCAUCACAGCGUCAACGUGGUAUUGGGAAAGCUCGGCGUGGCGCUCGCAAUCAGCAAACAGCGAACAAACUGUCGCCCACAGAACCUCCAGUCAACUCUGGUCGGUCCAGUAGCCCAGCCCCGGAUGCUGCGAGUGCACGGCCAAAGCGGCCCACAACACCCAAGGUCCAUGUUCUAGAUAGCGUCGACUUCAACUCGGCCAUGGUGCAUGUCAUUGAUGAAGUUCCAGAGAAAGGCAAGAACCAGCGGAGCGCUCCUCUUGUCGACGCCGGCUCCACGGCCGACGGUGAUUUCCAGGAGGUUGUUUCACGCCGCAACCAGCGUGAGAAACGCCAGCGCAAGCAGCUUGAAGAGCAGCAGCAGCAGCGCCAGCAGGGUGAUGCGACCGCGUCACGGGAAUCGUCGCGUAAGACCGGCUCUGCUCAGGUUAACGGAGCUGCGGCGUCUUCGUCCCAGGGUGCUCAGUCGUCACGCGCUGUCGGUGCUCGCGCUCCCGUGUCCGCCACCUCGCCAGUUCUCUUCAGCGGUAGCAACGCCUCUGCCAGCUACGCCAUGACGGCAUCGGGUGGCAGCAGUACGUCAGUAAGCACCGGCGGCAAACCGGUGGAGAAGACGUCGAGCGCCUGGAGUGGGUCGGCGGCGUCGGGUACUGACUCUGGCGCAUCGCCCGUCUCGCCCACAGGCCAAGCCGCCAAUUCACAGCAGAACUUCCUGGCGUCUCCGUUCGACAUGCCAGCACUGUACAACACGGUUGUUCAGCAGCAGCAACAGAGCGUUGGUAGCAGCACUGCCAACACGCCCAGCUCUCCCACGGUGCAGACGGCCACCAGCAAUCAUCCGUCGUCCACGGUGCACGAGAUCCUUCAGGUGGGCCCCGACGGCGCCGGCGCCAGUUACAACCCGCCGCGCAGCCAGGGUGCUGUAGGUGACAAGAAGGUCGCCACCACCCCCGGUACUAGCUCUAAAGCCGCCACCGCAACCUCCAGCGGUGCUUCUGUUGCCUCGUCGUCAUCAUCAUCAACGGCAGCAGCGGCCGCCGCCGCGAAAGCCAAGGCACGUGGUCGUGGGCGCGGCGGCACCAGGCGAAAGGAGACCACCGUUCGUCCUGGUGGCAACGACGCCACCACUACUGUGGACUCUGGCAAGUCGGCUGAGCGCAAGAGCAGCAAGACAUCAGCCAAUAUGGCCGCUGGAGACUCUGCAAAGGCCCGUCGUCCGGAGAAGAAGCCCAAGAAGCAAAUUCUUGACAAGAAGUCCAAGACGAGCGAUGCGGACGAAUCCGUUUCUCCCGCUGAAGGUGCCGGAGCAGAGUCGCAUCCUGCAGCCGAGCCUCCGAGCACUGACAGUAUGAAGCCAGUAGCCACUGCAGUCUCCGCCAAACUGCAAACACCGGGCGGCGCCGCUCUGCAGGCGGCAAGUAUGCCCGGACUGGGCAAGCAGGUGUCCCCCGCUCCCAUGGCCGGCAGCACCAUCACGGGGCCUGCGUCGGCCAUGUCAAUGGGUAUGGAUCAAACCCUCAGUAACCAUCCCUUCUCGUCCUGGGGUGGCGUCCAACAGCAGCAACAACAGACGGCACAGCAACCGCAGCAGCAACAACAAGCUAAGCCCGCCACUACCAACAGUACCAUCAAGACAACGGAGCAACUGGAGCAGAAGACCCAGCUGGCUGCCUAUAAUGCUUGGAAUACGGUGUCAACGCCCGCCCCCGAUCACAGUCGGGUAGCGCACCCGGCGAGCGUUGCCGAAACCAGCAAGCCGCAUGUCAGCAGUGGCACAGCCGGUAGCGCACCCGGCGAAGCUGAGAAAAUCCCUGCCGGCCAAGGGUUCGCUGGUGCCAGCAAGAUUGGCCUAUCGGCCCAGACCAUGUUCAAUCCGUUCGCCUCGCUGUAUCAGGGUCCUCCAGCCCAGCAGCAGCAACCCCAGCAACAACAACAGCAGCAGCUUGCUCAGUCCGGCUUUGUCCUCCAGCAGACGCGUGCGCAGGCACAGCAGCUUGGCCAGGCAUCUGCCCAGGCCGCCGGCGGCCUUUCUGCCCGCUCCUUUGCUGCGGACAGCGCGCUGGCAAGCAGCAUGAUGGCGGCGGCUGCGGCGCCCAACUCUGCCACCAGCCAGUACCACAUGCCGCACGGCAAGCCCGCCAUGAUGCUGAGCAAUCCAGCGGCCGCCGGUGCAUCGCAGCAGGCCAUAGCCCGUCCGCGCAUGAUGCUCAACCAGGCGGCGUACGGCACCAACCUGGUCAGUCACCAGCUGCACGGCACUGCCGGAAUGCAGCCCAUGAUGCUCAGCGGCUCGCACAUGAGUGGCAACGCUGCACCGCCAGCCAAUACCCUGGUCCAGUCACAGCAGCAGCAUAUGCGUAACAUGCAGUAUACCGCCAGUGCGUUUCCCGGUCAGGCGCAGCAGCACCUCGCCCUACGCCCGAUCGACUCCAACCAGUCCGUCGGUGGAUCUACGGCCGUAAGUUCGACGGCCGCUGUAUCUUCGUCUGCGCCUCCGUCCAGUCAAGGCCGAGCCAAGCAAGUGCAAGGAGAAGCAGCAGGUAAUGGCAGCUCGUCGCUCGCAAAGCACGUCGAAGCGAAGGAGUUCAAGCCGCAGCUGCACCGUCCUACCCUUGACGGUAGUGAGUCCACAGGUAGUUCUGUUAACUCGUCCUCCAACUCUAGUCAUGUCCAGGUAAUGUACAGACAGAACCCGUCACAGCAGCAACAACCUGCGUCGUUUGGAAUGGUCGCCUCACAGUCAGACUCUGUGGGUCAGCAGCUGCAGUUUCAACAAGCCUCACAACAGCAGCAGCAACAACAACAGCAGCAACAACAACAACAACAGCAGCAACAACAGCAGCAGCAGCAGUUCUUUUCCCAGCCAGGUCAAGGCCAGCACCCUGGGGCCGGUUUUGGCCAGCUUGUAGGUAACCAGUAUACGAUCCGCUCAUCGCUACCGCAGCAGACCAAUACACUGAGCUCGCAAGUGCAGGCACAAUCUCAGCUAUUAGCUUCCCAGCAGCAACAACAACAGCAGCAGCAGUCCAACACUGCUCACCAGCUGCACAGCAGCCUGCAGCAGGCAGGUGCAGCCGCCAACCAGAUGGUGCGCCCUUCACCGGCCGCACUGCAGCAGGCGUCGCAGGCGUAUGCCAUCGGUGCACCGCCGCGCCAUCCCGGCACCGCGCUGCAUCAGGCGCCAGGCGUGCCCCCCUCCGCCGUCGCCGGCCAGAGGCACAUCUCGUCCGUCCCGGUCGGCGGUAUGCUGCACAACGUGGGUCGAGGUCAUCACCCCAGCCAGCAUCACUACUCGCUACCCACGGCGGCGGCACAAGCAGCAGCAGCAGGACAGGUUGUCGGUGCCCAGCGACCGGGUGGUAUGCACGCAGCAGCGGCAGCACAAAUGGCCGCUGCAGCAGCAGCCGGACAGCAGCAGCAAGGUCAAGGGGGACCCGUUGACCAGAAGCGCAUUGAGCAGCAGCGCGCUCUUCAGGAGGCGUCCACUCACAUCCGCCACGCCAACGAGCAAGAGGCGAUGUACCGUCAGCGCCAGCAGCAGACCAAUUCUGCCGCCGCCGCUAUUGUGUCCACGGCCACAGCAGCAACUGGCAACAUGGCAGACGGGAAGUCACCGCUUCUACCCUAUCCCAAUGCCGCAGCGCAAGGUGCACCACGGCCGCCGUACAUGCCCGCUCAGCAAUCUCGCGUGCACCCUGCCUCUGCCGCUGCUGGUCCGUUUCCCGCCGCCCCGAUAGGAGUCGCGCCGUAUCAUCACAGCUUUCAGCAGUCUGCGGCGCUGAGCAGUCGUCUUCUCCCUGCUGGCAACUCCGUCGGUGGUCUUCCACCCGUCGCAGCUUUGCGGCCUUCUGCACCGAGUACAGCGUCGAAUUCGGCGCCCGCGCUAGGUUCUGCAGCUGACAAGUCCGGUGGUAGUGUGACAGCUGCUGCCACUACUGGUUCGGUUCCAACCGCUCCAGCCACCGGCGCAAGCUUUGAACCCAUCGUUGUGUCAGACAGUACACCCCCAGCGGUGACGGCAGGAGUCGAGCAGCAGCGUUCCGCAGUGUCCGAGGUGUCCGCACCGCCAUCGGCAUCGAGCAGCUCUGCUACUGAGCCGGCUUCAGCCAGCGCGCCAGCAGCACACAGCGAAGUUAGUGCUGCUCCGUCAGCAGGGGCGAACGUAACAGCUGCGGCUACUGACUAGAGAAGCUGGCAGACUCUUCCAAUUCGAUAUCACCAUCAACGACUGCCGCCAGUGCAGGUGGUCUGCGAGCCGCAGCCACCACAAUGGCCGCAACGUCGUUAUGUUCCGUGUUUUGUGAGGCUGCCGUGGAUCCAGCGAGUCUAGUCCGUUAGCGGCAUGCGUACGGCGUGUAUGCUUGCUUCUCUUUUGUGUGUUGUCAGUGGCAUGUCCGCGCCCGUAGGAGGUGUAUUGACUAUUUUGUUGUGGGCACGUCUCAGUUCAGUUCUUCGCUUCUGGUCCCUAGCGGCUCUGCUGGCCGGCUGACUGACCCCGGACUCUGUCUCUGCCCGCUGCUUCUUGCCUUUUCCGCUCUUCUGUGGAUCCAACAGUGCGCUUGCUGUUUGCUAUGUUUGGCGGCGUCUGAUACGACGCCUCCUUGGUGACCUGAACAAAAAUGUGCUCGCCUGGCUCGGUUCACUCUGCCAGUGGAGCCGACGGCAGCAGAUUGUGGCGGACACACACUCGUACACGUGGUGGCGUGUUCAUGAAUGAAUCUCUCGCUUGUACUGCUACGGCCAAGCGGAUGCAGUGCGCGCGUGCAAGCAAGCGGGCUCCUGUCUUCUCCAUGGCAUGUUUCUCGUCUCAAUGGGGGGCCUUGCGCUAGUGGAGCGCGAUAGAGAACUGCUGACACUCAACUACAAUGACACCAGAACGACAUCAAGUUGUAUGAUUUUGUGUAUGUGUUUGGUUGUGGUUGUGUCGCAAUGAUGGUUCGUCGUGACGAACUCGCCAAUCGAUCACUCUCCGCCUGCUGAUCUCCACCCAGCUACUGCUGCUGAUUUUUAUAUUCUUUUCCUUUACUUUCUCUUCUUCUUCGCGAUCGUUGCUGUAGCGUGUAGGGCCUCUCCGAUUUGGCCUGAGGGGUUGUUUUUUUGCUCAGCUUUUGCCUUUUGGACCAGCACCGUCUGGGCCUGAGUUUUUUGGUUUCUGACUUGGAGACGGUGUGUGUGUGUGUGUACAUGUAUGUCGAUUGUCGAAUGCUGCGUGUGGUGCAAUUUCUCGCUUUCUGCAUUGUGUUGUCUUUGACCUUUUCUCUCUCUUUUUGUAGUGUGGAGUUCACCCGCUCCUCACUGCAAUUUGUGGUGUCUUUGACUUUCUCUCUCUCUCUUUGUAGUGUGGAGUUCACCCGCUCCUCACUGCAAUUAGUGGUGUCUUUGACUUUCUCUCUCUUGUUGUAGUGUGGAGUUCACCCGCUCCUCACUGCAAUCAUGUUGCUGUGCGCCUGCCGUUUCACUUCUCACCUGCGGGGAGCAGUCACCUCGUGUGCGUUUUCGUGCUGACCUGGUCGCUGCUUGUCGGGGCGACCAUAUUGGUCUUGUAAAUGUGUCUGAUAUGUCUAAUAGUAUACAUAUAACAUGUUGGGUACAUACAGGCUGCCCGUGAUCUGGAGCCAUCCCGGUUCUGUGUGUUGGUUUCUUUCUUUCUUUUUUCUUGCUCGCAAAAUGUCACCGGGAGACAUUGCACACUGUCUUGUGCUGAUUCUGUUUCGAAUUGUCGUUUGUUUUGUUUGUUUUUGCUAACUACCAACUACUGCUGAAAGUUGUUUUUUUUCAUACUGCUUUUAGCUGUUAUUAUUCGGCGUUGCUACCCUCAUGCCUCUCUGGAUAUUGCCCCACAGGACUGUGUACUGGUCUGUCAUGACUUCUAAACCGGCUCGUCUCUUCGUGUCCACUUUUCCAUUCCCGUGCGGACGGAGAGUCUCUGUGCCGCGUCCGCACGCAGAAUGGGUGUGUGUGUGCGUGUUUGUGUAUGUGUAUCCGUGUGUGUGUGUGUGUGUGUGUGUGUGUGUGUGUGCUGCCCUAACCGGGACUCUCUCACUAAUGCAUUGGAAGAGUAUUUUGCAACUUAGUGUCGUAAACACCUGAAACUAGGGAGGUUUAGUCCCACGUAAUCCGUGGGUACUUUACGUGUGUGUACCACGUGAUAUAUAUACUCAGUGACCCACGUACAGACGUUUUCUGAUUCACGACAUACCGUGUAUGGAGGCUCACCCACGUUCCGCCAGAACGUGGGUGAAAAUCAGAAUGGAGCGCAUUGUGCGAGCUGUGAGGGUGCUCAGCUGAAGAAGUUUCCGAAGCACGAAAUCAAAAUAUUGGAUGAGCUUCUUAGGCCCGGGUAACUUCGUCUUUGACCAGGUUUGGGCCUUUCACUUCAUGCUUUUGUUUGUUCCGUGUGACUACACAACCCACGUGUACAUGUAUAUGUGUACAUGUAUGUCGAUUGUCGAAUGCUGCGUGUGGUGCAAUUUCUCGCUUUCUGCAUUGUGUUGUCUUUGACCUUUUCUCUCUCUUUUUGUAGUGUGGAGUUCACCCGCUCCUCACUGCAAUUUGUGGUGUCUUUGACUUUCUCUCUCUCUUUUUGUAGUGUGGAGUUCACCCGCUCCUCACUGCAAUUAGUGGUGUCUUUGACUUUCUCUCUCUUGUUGUAGUGUGGAGUUCACCCGCUCCUCACUGCAAUCAUGUUGCUGUGCGCCUGCCGUUUCACUUCUCACCUGCGGGGAGCAGUCACCUCGUGUGCGUUUUCGUGCUGACCUGGUCGCUGCUUGUCGGGGCGACCAUAUUGGUCUUGUAAAUGUGUCUGAUAUGUCUAAUAGUAUACAUAUAACAUGUUGGGUACAUACAGGCUGCCCGUGAUCUGGAGCCAUCCCGGUUCUGUGUGUUGGUUUCUUUCUUUCUUUUUUCUUGCUCGCAAAAUGUCACCGGGAGACAUUGCACACUGUCUUGUGCUGAUUCUGUUUCGAAUUGUCGUUUGUUUUGUUUGUUUUUGCUAACUACCAACUACUGCUGAAAGUUGUUUUUUUUCAUACUGCUUUUAGCUGUUAUUAUUCGGCGUUGCUACCCUCAUGCCUCUCUGGAUAUUGCCCCACAGGACUGUGUACUGGUCUGUCAUGACUUCUAAACCGG